CGCGGCAUUAAAACGCUAUCGCCCUCACGAAUCUAAACGCGCAAACCGGGCAAAAUCAACCGUCCGUUAUUUGGCACAGUCUGUGACGUCAUCUGGGACCCGCAUUCCGUCGCCUUGAUUCCCAUUUCCCACGACAAGCCUCGAGAUACGUCUGCCUGGCGGAGCCACACCAGGAGCAGAUCCUUUCCGUUUGAGCAGUAUGCUGUCGCUUCUGCGUUUCGACUUGAUUCCUGGGAUGCGAUCAUCGUUCCGGUUAGUCCAAACAGAGAACUCAGUCUUCUAGCCUUUUUGGAGCUUCAGCUAGCCAGAUUUUGCCAAGAGAACAGAGACGGUGCCGAUAUAGAGAAGCAGAGAAGGGUCUCAUAAGAACAUAGGAUUCUUUCUCGAGCAAUCUGUUGAGCAUGUUGGGACCCUGCAAGCCAGCGAGGUGCAGCUCCCCUUGUCGCGAAGCCUCUGUGGGAGCUACAUUGGCUGAUUGAAAACAGGAUGGAUUGGACUGUCCAUGUCCUCGUCCACGAGGAGAGGAUAGGAGCUCAGUGAUGAACUACUACUACUACUUGUAGUCCUCGAGUAGAGAAGGCAUGCUCAACACAAUUCCCUACACCAAAUCAAUUCAAUCUUUUCCACUGGGUCUUGGCAUGGCACAUGGUUGCUGCUGCCAUCCAAGAGCCAAGUGGGGACAAGCAGGUGCUUGCCGAGCCUCCUCUUUGUCCGGGUUCGGCCAUUUUGGCAGUCUCUGCCUCUGCCUUAUUAAUCAGCUUUCACUGAAAAGGAAUGCUGCGAGCUCCUCUCUGUCUUUCUGCAUGGAUGCUGUUCCUCCUGAGUCAAUGCGCCAGCAUGGAAGAAGGCUAUGUGAGCUAUUGGAAGAUCAGCAAGAGCUCCUGGAGCAUGAUGGCUACUCAGACAGAGCAGUUAAUUCUGCUGCGUGCAUUUGCUGGUUUGGCAGUGCUUGCAGAAGGCUGAAGAGGCUCUCCAACUACGGGUUCAAGAGGAAGAAGAAAGCCGAGGCCAUCAGGCUUCUGAUCAAGAGAGCUUGGAGAUGGCAUGCUGCGGCCGUUGACAGGGUGACGAAGAUCAACAGCCGCGGUGUAAAAUUCCACAGGCUCUCUUCUUCAGCUGCCGCCGACGAUGCUGAGAUGAACAAGGAGGAGAGGAGCCCCGUGUCAGUCCUUGCUCUGCAUUCUCAUGAAGUCGAGGAAGAAUCGACAUCACCUUCGAGUUCUGAGUCAACAGAAGAGACGAAGAAUUCCAGGAUGCUAGAGUUCGAAGAAAGCCUCCCUGAUUGUGACGAAAGCAUCACCAUCUCCGAGUUGAUAGAUCGUGAUCUCUCCGAAUCGAAGAAAGAAUGGACCCAAUUCGAGCACGAGCGAAGGGAGGUCGGAACUGCGAUUGAGCACAUCAUCUUCGAAGACAUCAGACGAGAAACUGCACUGGAUCUUCUUCUGCAUCGUAGUAGCUGCACGAUGCAAAUUCCUGUCGAUUCCAGUCAUUAUUUUUAAUUGCUUUCUUAGAUUACUCCGAAUCACUGUGCAAGAUGCGCAAACUUCCUCCAGCUCAGUACAAACUCCAAACAUGUAACAGGGCCAUAAACAGUAGAAUACAAUAAUAAAUCCCUUGCACCUCUGCCAA